AAGCAAUUGGCCCGCUUCCCUGAAAAGCAGUACUUCUCCACUCUCUACUUGUAUAUACUUGUCCUAACCUCUUUUACCUUCCAAAACUAAAGUCUUCAAUUCGCCCUCUCCUCAGUCAGCCGCCGCCGUCCACCGCCGUGAGGAGGUUGAGUAAAAGCAAUGAGAUGGUGGGGCUCAGUGUAGUACUGGAAGGCCACAAGGAUAACGCCACCUCAAGUAGCAGUUCACAAGUAGUUAGCAAAGCUAGUAAUAUGAUCAUCAAACCUCCUUCACCUACCUCUUCCUCUCCCACCCCUGUUUCUCCUUUUUCCCGGAGACCCUCUCCGCCCGCCGCCUUUCUUCAUUCCUGUUAUCUCUGUAAGCGGAAACUCUUGCCUGGCAAAGACAUCUACAUGUACAAGGGAGAUAGAGGAUUUUGCAGCGUGGAGUGCAGGUGCAGGCAAAUAGGGAUGGACGAAGAAGGGCAAGCGGCGGCUACGAAAGCGCCGUCAUCAAAGAGAGAUCACUGUUCAUUGGCUGCCAUGAAACCCCAACGUCCAACGCCGUCACCGGCGGCGGCGGCUCCUCCUCCUCCUCCCAAGGCUCGCCGAGGAGCCACCGGAAACAGACCCAAUGCCUUUGCAUACUGAAAAAUUAAAUAAUAUAUCCAAGAAAAUAGUUUUUGCUAUAAUUUACGCUUCCGGUUUUACCCUUGCGGCUUGCGACAUUUUGUAAUGACAGUGGUGUCCUCGUGAAAUAUUUCUGUCUCUGCUUCCUUCAACUUUUGAGCCUGCCUCUGCGUUUGAUUUGGCUGGACAGGAUUGGCAUUAGCUAUUUGUUUAUCCUUCCUCUGUCAUUU